AUGACGGUCAAUCUCCCUCAGCCUGGGGCUCCAUGCAAGUUCUCACCUCGUGGGGCAUCAAUGAUCAUGAGGAAGACCAACCCAAUGGGUAAUAUAUAUAUCAGGAGGACCAAGAGGAUUCCUACUCUUGUUCUGUGUCUUCUUCUCUCCCAACCACUGUCCUUGAAAUCAGACUGUGUCCUACAACAACAGGCAGUGACCGGGUACGUUCAAAAGGGAGAUGUUCUCCUGGGCGGAAUAUUUCCCCUUCAUCUCAGUCAAGGGACACAAACGGAGAUCUUCACCAAGCCCCCCGGUUCCCAUUACUGCCAACGGUUUAGCUUUCGCUCUUUCCGCUGGAUUCUUGCCUUUCUUUUUGCAGUAGAGGAAGUUAACAGAAGACCUGGAAUGUUGCCAAAUUUGACACUUGGGGCGGCAGUAAUGGACUCAUGCAGUGAGGCCAGAGGAGCAAUAGGGGGAGCAUCAUGGCUUCUUUUUGGAAGUGCUGAAGGACCUUUGAAUUACCGCUGCCUGGGUUCACCAUCAAGACUGGCUGCUGUGCUGGGAGAUGCUGGUGGAGAAGCUGCUGUGAGUGUAGCAAAUAUUUUGGCACUCUACAAUUACCCACAGAUCAAUUAUUUUACACCUCCAUCCCAACUCAGUAAUAGGUUCGUCUUCCCCUCAUCGCUCAGUGUUGCCCCUACAUUGUCUUCUCAGACAAAAGGUAUUGUUAGACUGCUUCAAGUGUUUGGCUGGUCUUGGGUGGGCAUCUUGUUCCAGGCAACCAGUUCCUCUUCAUUGGUUCAAACUUUUCUCGAAGAGUUGGAGGCUACAGGAGCUUGCCUAGCCUUCUGGGAGACCCUUCCUUCAGAAGCGUCACCGGAAGACACAAAACACGUGUCAGCAGUUAUCAGACGGUCAACAGCCAAUGUGGUGGUGGUCUUCUCAUUGGAAGCCUAUCUGAAUCCUGUUUUGUUGGAACUUGCUCAUAAUGGGGAUACUAGAGAUAGGGUCUGGUUGACCACUGAUGCAUGGUCGACAUCUCCAAGUCUAGUAGAUUCCCAACUCUCUAUAAUCUUAAGGGGAUCUCUUGGACUCGUUCUUCGAAAAGGUGCUGCUCCUGGAUUUAAAGAGUUUGUUUUUGGAUUACAUCCUAGUCACUAUAAUAAUCAUCCAUUUUUUAAGGAAUUUUGGGAGGAAGCAUUCAGUUGCCAGUGGGUCAUUGGAAGGGACAAUGCAUCUCAGACAUUCCCACUUGCUCCUUCACCAUCUUUAACAAAGCCAUUAUGUACAGAAUCAGAAGACCCUGCUACUCUACAGAUAUUUUCAGACAUAGAGGACCUCCGAGUGACAUAUAAUGUCUAUAAGGCUGUUCUUAUGGUAGCAAAAACUCUUAUCAAUAUGGCUGCUUGUACACAAAUCGAAAAAGCUUUGAUUGGAAGCCAUUGUGUGGAAAUGCUCAAUUUUACUCCUUGGCAGCUUUUCUACUUUCUUCGUAGAGUGAGGCUAAAAGGAAACAUUGAGGAUGAUUUAUAUUUUGACUCUCUCGGAAAUGCACCUGCCAUUUACGACAUAAUAAACUGGCAGGAGGAACAAUCAGGAGGUGCAAAUUGGGUGACAGUAGGGAGCUAUGAAAGUGGUGACCAGUUAGGACAUGACCUGCUCAUCAACCUAAGUGCAAUUCAAUGGGGAGGGAAGUUUGAGCAGAUACCCAUUUCUGUAUGCUCCAAAAAAUGCCGUCCUGGAUUUUGGAAGGUCCCACGUCUUGGCAAGCCGCAUUGCUGCUUUGAUUGCAUUCCAUGUGCUGCUGGAGAAAUUUCAAACCAAACCAAUGCUAUAGAUUGCUUCCUUUGUCCCGAAGAAGAAUGGCCAAAUCUUGCACAUGACCAAUGUCUUCCCCGUGAGGUGGAGUUGCUGACCCUGUCUGAACCUCUAGGAAUGUGUCUAGGAUGCACAUCCAUCUUGGGCUCCAUUUUGCCUGCCAUUGUACUUUUUCUCUUCAUCAAGAACAGAGAGACUCCUUUGGUCCGUGCUAAUAAUUGCAGUCUUAGCUUCAUCCUUCUUGUUGCCCUCGCCUUCUCUUUUCUUUGUCCUCUCCUUCUUCUUGCUCCACCCGGAGACCAGACCUGCCUUUUUCGACAAGCUGCCUUUGGUAUCCUAUUCACCCUCUGUAUUUCAUGCCUUUUAGCCAAGACUAUUAUUGUUGUCCUGGCUUUCCGGGCCAACCAGCCUGGGUCACUCAAAGUACCCAUGGGACCAUUGUGGCCCAUCUUCUUUGCCAUGUUAUGUACUUCUAUCCAGUUUGUCCUUUGUUGCUCUUGGUUUUCAGUGGACCCACCAUUUAUAGAACAUGAUGCUAAGACCCAUUUAGGAAAAUUUGUUAUUCAAUGUAACUACGGUCUUGGUUUCUGGUUCAUGCUAGGUUACCUUGGACUUCUCUCUACCAUCUGUUUUAUGGUUGCAUUCUUGGCCAGGAAGCUACCUGGGGCUUUUAAUGAGGCUACAUAUAUAACUUUUAGUAUGUUAGUGUUCCUCAUUGUUUGGAUAAGUUUCGUCCCAGCCUACCUUAGCACCAAGGGAAAAUUGGCAGUGGCUACAGAAAUUUUUGCAAUUUUGUCCUCCAGUGCCGGCCUACUUUUUUGCAUCUUCACACCCAAGGUCUACAUCAUUCUCUUGAAGCCCCAGCUAAACACUCGAGCAAUGGUUUCUCUACAGCAAAGAGUACAAACCACCAUCAAUUAA